AUGGACCCGUUUACGGACAGCCCACGCCAGCGCUCAGACAGCAUGAGCAGCUCGGCAUCUCAGGGCUCGAGGUCCAAGAUGCUCCUUCGCCAGCGUCUGUCCCAGCUGCUCACCUGCAUAGAGGAUAUGAGCUCCGAUGAUGAAGCCAGUGAAGAGGUGUCCCGCACACUGGAUGAGGCGUUCCAGCUCUGUGGACGCUAUAUUCCCACAGAUGCAUUCAGGUUGCACGUAGUGACCUGGAAUGUGGCCACAGCAGAGCCUCCUGAAGACAUCACGUCUUUGCUGCAACUGGAUGUCCAGCCCCCCGCAGACCUCUAUGUGAUUGGCCUGCAGGAGGUGAAUGCUGCGCCAGUGAGGUUCAUCUCAGACCUGUUAGCGGAGGACUCCUGGAGCCACAUUUUCAUGGACACACUGGCACCCAGAGAAUUCGUCAAGAUCACAUCUGUGAGGAUGCAGGGUUUGCUUCUGUUGGUUUUCGCCAAACAAAUUCACCUCCCCUACAUCCAAAACAUCCAGACCACCUACACUCGUACUGGCAUCUUUGGCUACUGGGGGAAUAAAGGAGGGGUGUCGGCACGUUUUUCCUUCUACGGCCACAUGGUGUGCUUCCUCAACUGCCACCUAGCAGCUCACAUGAACUACGCUCUGCAGCGCGUUGAUGAGUUUGAGUACAUCCUGGAGGCACAAAACUUUGACAUCUUUGAUACCCCACAAGUCCGUGACCACAAGGUGGCGUUCUGUUUUGGCGACUUGAACUUCCGUAUCGCAGACCAUGGUUUGCACUUCCUGCGCUCUUCCAUCAACAGUGACCGCCUGAAUUUGCUGUGGUCCAAAGACCAGCUCAUCACAAUGAGGAAGAAGGAACCUUUCCUGCAGGAAUUUGAGGAAGGGCCACUAAACUUUAAACCCACCUACAAGUUUGAUCGAAACUCUGACACCUAUGAUACCAGUGGUAAGAAGAGGAAGCCGGCCUGGACAGAUCGGAUCCUCUGGCGUAUCAAACCCAAAAUUCUGCCAUCAGAAGAUGAUGAUGAGAAUGCAUCAACUUCUACUGAUGACGGACAGGAUGAGUACCCAAUCCUUGUCAGCCAGGAUAAAUACACCAGUGACAUGAGCUACGGAGUCAGUGACCACAAGCCUGUCAUUGCUACCUUCAGUGUGGAGCUGAGGAAGUGCUUUGACACACCAAUGGUGCACGUGUCCCCUGUGGGUGUAUGGAGCGCCGAUCAGGAUGCACUUCUGACCUACACUAUCCAGGAGGACUUCAUGUCCUCUACAUGGGACUGGAUUGGCCUGUACAAGGUGGGAUUCAAGAGUGCAUCUGACUAUCAAACCUUUGUUUGGGUUAGAGAGAAUGAGCUGCCAGAGAUAAAUGAAGUCAUACAGGUAUCUGUGGAUAAGGAUGAGAUCCCUCUGCUAGGUGGACACUAUGUUUUGGGUUACUACAGUACAAACAUGCAAAGCAUCAUCGGCCUCAGUGCUAACUUCCAGAUCCUGGAGUCAAAGCGUGCCGUCAUGGAAGGCCUCGUUCCUGACAACGUAAACGGGAUCAACAAUUAA